AGAAGAGAAGAGAAGAGAACAGCAUCGCCGCAACAACCGGCCGGCCCGCGCGGAGGAGGAAGCGAACCCAGCUCCGCCUCCGCCUCCGCCAUGAGAGAUCCCAAGCUACCCAAGCAGCGGCGAGCUUCCCACGCCCACCACCUCGCCGACAAGCUCAGGAAGCACUCCACCUGGCUCCUCCUCCUCUGGUUCGCCCUCUCCGUCUACCUCUUCCUCUCCGCCACGCCGCCGCCCGCCGCCCCCCCGCUCCGCCCCGCCUUCCUACUCCCUUCCACCCCCCGCGCCGCCCGGAUCUACGUCUACGACCUCCCCGCCCGCUUCAACCGCGACUGGCUGGCCGCCGACCCGCGGUGCGCGCGCCACCUCUUCGCCGCCGAGGUGGCGCUGCACCAGGCGCUGCUGGGGUACCACGCCCGCGCCGCGCGCCCCGAGGACGCCGACCUCUUCUUCGUCCCGGUUUACGUCUCCUGCAACUUCUCCACCGCCAACGGCUUCCCCUCGCUGUCGCACGCCCGCGGCCUGCUCGCCGACGCGGUGGACCUCGUCCGGGCCCAGAUGCCGUACUGGAACCGCUCCGGCGGGGCGGACCACGUGUUCGUCGCGUCGCACGACUUCGGCGCCUGCUUCCAUCCCAUGGAGGAUGUAGCUAUUGCAGAUGGCAUACCUGAAUUCCUUAAGAGGUCAAUCCUGCUACAAACAUUCGGUGUACAGGGCACUCAUGUGUGUCAGGAGGUGGACCAUGUGGUAAUCCCGCCUCAUGUGCCUCCAGAGGUGACCUUUGAGCUACCUGAGCCAGAGAAGGCACAAAGGGAUAUUUUUGCCUUCUUCCGGGGAAAGAUGGAGGUCCACCCCAAGAACAUUAGUGGCCGCUUCUACAGCAAGAAGGUGAGGACUGAGCUGCUACAAAAUUAUGGUCGGAAUCGCAAGUUCUACCUUAAGCGAAAGCGGUACGGUAACUAUCGAUCAGAGAUGGCUCGCUCCUUGUUCUGCCUCUGCCCACUAGGAUGGGCUCCAUGGAGCCCACGUCUCGUGGAGUCGGUUCUCCUUGGCUGCAUUCCUGUCAUAAUUGCCGAUAAUAUACGCCUGCCAUUCCCUUCCGUACUACAGUGGUCAGACAUCUCAUUGCAAGUUGCCGAGAAGGAUGUUGCCAGCCUUGAGAUGGUGCUAGACCAUGUUGUGGCAACCAACUUGACUGUAAUACAGAAGAACUUGUGGGACCCUGUGAAACGUAAAGCACUGGUUUUUAACCGUCCAAUGCAAGAGGGAGAUGCCACAUGGCAAGUGCUGAGGGAGCUUGAGAUUUUGCUAGACCGUUCUCAGAGGAGGUAUGCUGGACCGUGGAGGAGUUAAAAACAGAGUGGAUCAAGCAGGUCUGGUAAGGAUAUUUCCUUAGCUGCUGAAAUGUGGCAUCUCAGUUGCAGCUGGGACAACAGUGGCGUGCAGCUUGUACGUCCUACUCAACUGACAAAACAAAUCGGUAACAUCUAUUGCAUGGACCUGAAUGGUCAACUGUAUAGUUCACAAUUGCUGUACUAAUUUGUGUCCAAUCAGAGAACGACAUUCUGGGCUAACAAGUUGGCAAGCUGUGUACAGGGAAUUACUUUAUUCAUUUAUUCUUGGGAGAAAUGUGAAUCUCCUUUUUUUUUUCCUCUUGAGAGAGGAAGAUUUAAGAUUGAGUUAUAGAAGUAUAGAACGAUGAUCUUUGAAGGUCUUCGGAUUUGUUUGCAAUGUCGCACUAUUGUAUAUAUAAUUAUGUUGCUAAGCAAUGUCACACUGUUGUAUAUCAGAUUCUGUAGCAAAAGAAAGGUAUUCUGAUUUUGGUGAGAAACUGAGAAUACAUGGGUCAGAAAACAUGGCAUGGCAUUCAGCAGGUCAUCUGAAUUCUGAACUCUCAUUGUUCU